AUGUUCCUCCUUGAGACCUGGUUCCCAACAAUGGAGCGGGGUAAUUUGACAAAUGCACAUACAAACUUUCAUGUACGUACAUAUAUAUGUAUACAAAUAUUAUCUAUCUAUCUAUCUAUCUAUCUAUCUAUCUAUCUAUCUAUCUAUCUAUCUAUCUAUUUCAUUCUGUUCAUAUCUGUCUCAGUCUGUUCAUAUCUAUCUAUCUUUAGGAAGAAAGGAAGGAAGGGACCAAUUGAGAGAGAUUCUAUCUCAGUCUUUUCCUUCCUUCCUAUCUAUCUAUGUAUCUAUCUAUCUUUAGGAAGGAAGGAACCAAUUGACAUAGAUUCUAUCUCAGUUGGUUCCUUCCUUCCUAUCUAUCAAUCAGUCACUUCAUCUAUCUAUCUAUCUAUCUAUCUAUCUAUCUAUCUAUCUAUCUAUCUAUCUAUAGGAAGGAAGGAAGGAAGGAAGGAAGGAAGGAAGGAACCGGUUGAGAAUUCUAUCUAUAGAUUCUAUCUCAGUCGGUUCCUUCCUUCCUUAUCUAUCUAUCUAUCUAUCUAUCUAUCUAUCUAUCUAUCUAUCUAUCUAUCUAUCUAUCUAUGUUUCUUUAGGAAGAAAGGAAGGCACCAAAUGAAAGAGAUUCUAUCUCAGUCUUUUCCUUCAUUCCUAUCUAUCUAUCUAUCUAUCUAUCUAUCUAUCUAUCUAUCUAUCUAUCUAUCUAUCUAUCUAUCUUCUGACCCAAUAUAUAUCCAUCGAACAAUUUUGUUAAAUAUCAGGCCGUAA